CAAAACUGAAGUAUCUGUAGAGCAUGUAUCAGUCAAAAGUUUGGACACACCUUCUCCUUCUAUGUUUUUCUUCAUCUAUUUCAUGUAUUUUCUUCAGUUUAGAUUAAUAUUAAAGACAAGAAUACAAUUAAGGAGCACAUAUGGAAUUAUGUAGUAAACAAAAAAAGUGUUUGUACUCCACAACCCCCUGACCUGAGAUGGUGAUUUAAGAUGAUCUGGGAUGAGCUGGAGCUUCACAGCAUGAAGGAAAAGCAGCAACUAUUUUUCAAUCUGUCCUUAAAGCUAAAUGUGGUACUUUGAAGAAUCUAAAGUAUAAAACCUAUUCUGAUUUUUUUAUACAGAAUAAUUAUGUGUUCCUGUAUAGCCUUAAUGAUUUCAAUAUUACAUGUACAAUGUAAAACUAAAUAAAUGAAUAAAAAAUAAAAAACACAUUGAAUGAGAAGAGGUGUGUCCAAAGUUCUGACUGGUCCUCUACAUCCUGCCUCAUUAUGCAUCGUUUUUAGACUGGUUGACAGCUAGAGAAUGGGCGUGGCUUCAAUGGGCGAGUCCAUUAUAAAACCCAAAUUUGACCAAAUCAUGUUUUUAUAGUUUACUUAGACCACAGCUGACGCUUAAAUUGGAUUUAGCUCUUUUUCAGCACUUUUUGGAGUUGAAAAGAAAAAUGAUACCAAAGUAAGAAGUCAUAAACUACCGAGAGAAAGAGGGAGGGAGGAGCUGCAGAGUUUUAUUUGGAGGUAUUUUGGUGAUUUGGAGGUGUGAAACAUGUCUCAGGGCUGCCGUCUGCUCGCUGGAUUCGUUCUGAGCUGUAUUGGGUGGGUUGGGAUCAUCAUCGCCACCUCCACCAACGACUGGGUGGUGACCUGUAAGUACGGCAUGCACACCUGCAAGAAGAUGGACGAGCUGGAGUCCAAGGGUCUGUGGGCUGAGUGUGUGAUCUCCACCUCCCUGUACCACUGCAUAGCCCUCAACCAGAUCCUCACCCUGCCUGCCCACGUGCAGGUGGCGCGCGCGCUCAUGCUCUCCGCGUGUCUGCUGGGGCUGCCCUGCGCUCUGCUCGCGCUGCUCGCGGCGCCCUGCGUCUCUCUGAACGACGAGCGCGCGGGAGCCAAGCGAAAGCGCGCGAUGCUCAGUGGGGCGUUGAUGCUCAUCAUGGCGGUGUGUGGGACAGUGUCCACUGUUUGGUUCCCCAUCGGGGCUCAUCAAGAAGAUGGCCUGAUGUCAUUCGGAUUCUCUCUCUAUGCUGGAUGGUUAGGCUCCGCCCUCUGCUUCCUGGGGGGCUCUGUUAUGACCUGCUGUUCGGCCGGUGAUGCUCCUGUCCAGCGGCCUGAGAACCGCUUCUACUACUCCAAACAGAGCGGCCUGUCCAACUCCAUCCAGGCCACAAACAACCAUGCCAAGAGUGCACAUGUCUGAGAGACGUGGACUGGAACGCACUUCAAACACAUUCAGCCUCUUCAUCUAAAGGAGGGGAAUGCACUCUCUCUUUUCUUUCUCUCUCACACACUAACUCACUCACAUACACACAGAUGUACAUGCACUUACACACACACAUGUACACACACACACACA